AUCAUUCUCACUCUCGGAAUGGAAUCACAUGUACGGCUUCGAAGGAAUGGAUAUGAUCGAAAAUGAUGGAAUGAGCGUGAUCCCUUCGGAUAUCGCGGGCUGAUCCAGACCUCCCCGGAAACGAGUUAGAAUGGGUAAUGAGGCCUCGCGUCGAGCCGGAGCUCGAGCUAGCUCUUCCGACGAUCCUCCAUACGCGACGGCGACUCAACCAAUAGGCGAGUCGCCGCGUCGCAUCCUCAAGACCCAUUCGCUCUCGGCCGCACCGAAGCCGACGAGUGCAUUCCUCCAAAGAAACUCUCCCAAGUCAAGCUCCUUGCGACACUCAAUCGUCACUGUACACGAGGGAAAUGCUGAAGAGGACACCCUGCGCAACGAUGCUGCCAUGAUUGCCCUGCACAAUGUGCCACAAUUCUUCCCGAUUAUCCGGGAAACCGUGAGGAAUCCAGUCAUGAGAGAGAUCAACACCCCGACGAAACUCGAUGUUCUGGCGGCGCAUUCUCUGGUCACGAAGUACCAGACCGUCCUGAGAGAAAACGCAGAGGACAUAGCUCGAAAUCAGCAGCAGCUUUCGCAACGUGUUCAGGACAUGGACUACGCGAUCGGAACUCUCCACCAGAUCCUCCAGGAGAAAUCGCGAAAAUUGGCCAAACAAACAGAGCAGCUAAGCUCGAUCAGUCAAAUCAAAGCUUUAUUGAACUCCAGCAAGAUGUGCCUGCGGAAGUCGGAAGAGACCCUGAACCGCAUCAAUGGAUGCUUGCCUCCGGAGCACCGCAUGGAAAAAUUGAGCAUCCAUCUGGACUCCGUACCGAGUGGCGAAGGGUCAAGAAUUCUUCCCCGUGAUUGAAGGUCCACCCCUGAAAACACAUGUCGAUUAUACUGUGAUAGCGGAUUCUGCUCAUUCUAGCAGUGAAACCGAUUCCAUGUUGUGUCAUAUAUUUGCGAGUGACUGCUCUCCUCGACGAUGAGCCACGCGAUGCCUCUGAUACCGGUCUCGACGUGUUGAUAAGUGAAUAAAAGAAAUUAUGUGCGUAAC